GAGAGAGAGAGAGAGAUAUUACUUGGUCAUUGAAAAUUUAAAUGUUGACCAGAUUUGUUGUGAUUCAACGGCAUAGGUUUAUGAAAUUUGAGGAUAGAAAGAGGGCUCUUGUUAGCAGAAUGCUUCAAUAUGGUCUUGUGCACAAAGUGUUAGGCAUUCCCUACAAGGACGUAAUCAUAAGGCGCACUGUUGAGGGAAAACCAUCUCUGGAACACAACCAUGAAAACUUUGAGUUUCCAAAUUUUAACUUCAACGCAUCACACCAUGGGGACUAUGUGGCUAUUGCUUCUGAGCCCCUAUGCAUUGUUGGUAUCGAUAUUGUCUCCCAUGAUACUCCAAAAUAUGAAGAUGCCUUGGACUUCAUCGCAAAUUUCUCCUCACAUCUUACCAGUUUGGAAUGGAAGAACAUUAUGAAUGCUGGUAGUACAACUGAAAUGAUGGCAGAGUUUUACAGGUAUUGGUGUCUAAAGGAAGCAUAUAUUAAGGCUAUAGGGAUUGGUCUUGGUUAUGAUUUGAGUAGAUUGGAGUUCUAUCGCACAGACUCAGGUAAAAUUCGUGUCCGAGUUGACGGGGAGGAUUCAGAAGAAUGGCGGUUUUGGUUAUGUGAGUUGGAUAUAAGGCACUUUGUUUGUGUUGCUAGGGGCAAUCCCAAGAGGGCGGUGGAGAGUUACAAAAGAACCUUAUGCAAGACUGAUUUCGACGAAAGCGAAUAUAGAUCUGCCCUGAACAUCCCAAACAAGGAUUUUGUUCUUUGUGAUAUUAGAGAAUUCAUUCCAGAAUCCAGAAGAGGAGAGUUUGAUAGCAUUAAUAAUGGAGGAGGGUCUUAAUGAUUUUGAGAAAUUGGCCUCUCUCUUCUAUUUGUGAAUAUUGUAAAUAGUGCAUUGCUUCUUAUCUUGUCUAUUUUUCAGUAAAAAAAAGGCAUUUUCAUAUGCAUUUCAUGGCUGCAUUUUAGUCCUAUUGAAUGGAUGGUUCAAAUUUCUUGCAAGCAGGUGCAAUUGGUAAUUCCAAACAAGGGUACCUAAUGAAUUGCUUCUUCCUAUGUCA